UAAAACCAAGGGAGGCGUAAUUUAGCCGUCCGCCAUUUCCAUCGUUCUUCUCUGCUCAUCACUACAACCACGAUCUCUCCUCUGCAUCAUUCGAUCUGAUUCGAUGGCGGCACCUCCUGCUAGAGCUAGAGCCGAUUACGAUUACCUCAUCAAGCUUCUCCUUAUCGGCGACAGCGGUGUUGGGAAGAGUUGUUUGCUGUUAAGGUUCUCUGAUGGAUCUUUCAACACUAGCUUCAUCACCACCAUUGGGAUUGAUUUUAAGAUAAGAACUAUUGAGCUUGAUGCCAAACGAAUCAAGCUUCAGAUUUGGGAUACUGCUGGUCAAGAACGUUUCCGUACCAUCACCACUGCUUAUUACCGAGGGGCAAUGGGCAUUUUGCUCGUGUAUGAUGUCACUGACGAGUCAUCCUUCAACAACAUUAGGAACUGGAUUCGUAACAUUGAACAGCACGCUUCGGAUAAUGUCAACAAGAUCUUGGUAGGGAACAAGGCCGAUAUGGAUGAGAGCAAGAGGGCUGUACCAAAAGCAAAGGGUCAAGCACUUGCUGAUGAAUACGGAAUCAAGUUCUUUGAAACAAGUGCCAAAACUAAUCUAAAUGUGGAAGAGGUUUUCUUCUCGAUAGCAAAGGACAUUAAGCAGAGACUCACAGACACUGACUCCAGGGCAGAGCCUUCGACGAUUAGGAUCAGCCAAACAGACCAGGCAGCUGGUGCCGGACAGGCUACGCAGAAGUCUGCAUGCUGUGGAACUUAA